CAGCUGGGGUCUACUAUGUCCCUGGGGUGGGUGCCAGGUUGGCCAAAGGGCACUCCUGCCUCCCUGGGAUGGGGGCCAGCUGGAGCCCUGCUCUGACCCCAUUGCAGAGUAGCUGCUUCCUGCUUCUCCAUGGUGGAUGCUCCCAGUGGGGGGGGGUGCCCACUGGGGCUGGGAGGAAGGGCCCCACUGUCUCCACCCUCUCCUGCCUGGAUCAAGUUGGGGGCUGCCCAGGCACUGCCGCAAGACCCUCAUUCCAACACCGGUCUCAUUCCAGAGGGAGCUGAAGGAGCAGCUGCAGACCCUCCAGGACAGCGAGCGUGGGCACACGGAGGCCCUGGCUCUGCUGAAGCACCAGCUGGCUGAGACUAAGUCCUCGGCCAAGAGCUUACGGGCCACCAUCGGCGAGGCCUUUGAGCGGCUUCACCGGCUGCUCCGCGAACGCCAGAAGGCCAUGCUGGAGGAGCUGGAGGCCGACACGGCCCGGACGCUGACCGACAUCGAGCAGAAGAUCCAGCGCUACGGCCUGCAGCUGCGCAAGGUGCAGGAAGGUAGCCAGAUCCUGCAGGAAAGGCUGGCAGAAACGGACAAGCACACCUUCCUGGCAGGCAUAGCCUCUCUCUCGGAGAGGCUGAAGGGGAAGAUCCACGAAACUAGCCUCACCUACGAGGACUUCCCCACUUCCAAGUACAUGGGGCCUCUGCAGUACACCAUCUGGAAAUCCCUCUUCCAGGAUAUCCAGCCAGUGCCUGCCACGCUGACCCUGGACCCGGCCACCGCUCACCAGCGCCUGAUCCUGUCCGACGACUGCACCCUCGUCUCCUACGGCAACUUGCACCCGCAGCCGCUGCAGGACUCGCCCAAGCGCUUCGACGUGGAGGUGUCGGUGCUGGGCUCGGAGGCCUUCAACAGCGGCAUCCACUACUGGGAGGUGGUGGUCUCGGAGAAGACUCAGUGGAUGAUCGGGCUGGCCCACGAGGCCGUCACCCGCAAGGGCAACAUCCAGAUCCAGCCUAGCCGCGGCUUCUACUGCAUCGUCAUGCACGACGGCAACCAGUACAGCGCCUGCACCGAGCCCUGGACGCGGCUGAACGUCAAGAGCAAGCUGGAGAAAGUCGGGGUCUUCUUGGAUUACGCCAAGGGGCUGCUCAUUUUCUACAACGCCGACGACAUGUCCUGGCUUUACACCUUCCGCGAAAAGUUCCCCGGGAAACUCUGCUCCUACUUCAGCCCCGGACAGAGCCACGCCAACGGGAAGAACGUGCAGCCGCUUCGGAUCAACACCAUCCGCAUCUAAGGGCUCUCCUGGCCGCGUAUGUUCCCAAGUGCAGAACGGCGGAAUUAGUUCCGACCGCGGGCAGAAGGGAUAUAUCGUCCCGAGCUUCUCGGAGUGAACAAAUCGGGGGGGGGGGGGGGCGGGCUGGUGUGACCCUUCCUGUAGGGCAGAGCGCGGGAAGCGGCUCCGUGGACGACGGCCUUGGGACUCCCUCCUCGGGCAUCUACGACAUUCGCCACUUCUCAGAUGCAAAAAAAGGAAGGAUAUACUGGACAGGGUGUGUUUUAAGGUGCAGGGAUGUCUGGUGUCUUUUUGUCAGCCUUAUUCAGGCGACUUUUUGUUUGUUUUUGCAUGCUUUUCCCCCAAAGUUCCCCAUCCUGUCAUUUUUUUUGCAAAACUAGGGAGGGAGGGAAGGAACGCCAAGCAUCUUAGCUGGUUUCAAUUCCUGCUCGUAAACCGGGCGUGAAAGCGAAGAGAACAAGCGGACCAGUCAGAAAACAAAACAGGGCUAAACAGGUCUUAAUUCUCGCCGGGAGGAUUGUGUCGUGACUUGCACAGGGUGCGCGUGUUAUUUAUAAAAGGGG